AACGUUGCCGUUUGCCACUGCCAGACAAUACUCCAAACAUUCCUCAGAAGAAAACAGAUCAGUCAGAGAGAGAGAGAGAGAGAGAGAGAGAGAGGGAAAAAGCCUGAAGCUUUUGCUUUUUAAUGCUCGUUCUCUCUCUAAAGAAAUCUGAUUCUUUCAUCUUUUCUGGAAAUCGUGCACUCUUUUCUUCUCUCUCCGCCAGUGAGUUAUGCAGCUUCAUGGUGAACACGUGAAGAUGAAAUGGCUGUGUUGCUGAUAAAGAUGGCUCACAACAGUAGGAGCAACUCCGACCAUGUCAAUGCCAACAACAGCACUGAAGAAGUGAAGCCCACAAUCUUCCAUGACUUUCUGGGUAAAGGGGGUGCCUCCGAUUCGUCGCCGGUGGAGGGGAAGUCUGCCGCCGGUGAUGCCAGACCUCAGUUCGAUGCAUCGCCGUCGGCUUCUGUUUCUGCUGGUGCCUCUUCUGGUUGUGGCCUUGGGCCCAUCUCCACCACCUCUGAUCUGGGUUCUGAAAGACACGUACAGAAUCAUUUUGGGGGGAUGCCAUUCAACGUACCAAGAAGUGACUUUUCAGGGGCUGAGAUUAGUAAUAGAUUAGCUGGAAGGAAGCGAAGUAACUCAGAUUCUGCUUUUAUGGGGUCAUCUAGAGAUGGGUUUCGGCAAAUGCAACCAGAUUCAUUGGAGAGCUCGCAUUUGAUGAAGAUUCUUCGUAAUGCAGGGGGAGAGCGGGCUAGACGGUCCCGUGAUGAGGAAGCAUACUUUGAUAUGCGUCCAAGGAGGCCAACUUUGUCAUCUCUUAUGUUACAGCCAGCUACGAGUGGUAGAAUUGACGCUAAUUCUUGUAAAUGGGAGCGAACUAUGCCCGUGAAUGUUGGCCCCACAGUACAGUAUCCUCCACGCGGAGGUCAAGUUGUGCCUUUCGGUUAUCAAACACCAUCAAACCUAUUAAAAGACAGUGAUGUAGGUCCUUCAGUUAUUUCUCAAGCAGCUGCGGAUGAAGGAUCUAGGACUGGCAUCAAAGGGUCUGGAAUUUUGAGCUCUGUUAGUGCCAGUGGUGGAAUCUCUGAUAGAAAUCCUUCUGGGGUUCUGCCAGGUGGGGGCAAGCAGAAGACUGAGACUCGUAUUGUUGAACCUGAGUCUUCUACUCCUCCCAGUGGACAAAGAUUAGCAUCUGCUAGUUGCCAGAUGACUAUAUUUUAUGGCGGUCAAGCCCAUGUUUUUGAUGAUGUCCACCCAAACAAGGCAGACGUAAUAAUGGCGUUAGCUGGAUCAACUGGAGGAUCUUGGUCCACAAACUAUGCACCAAAAUCUGCUGUUAGGUCAUCCCCUGUUGAAAAUUAUAGACUGGGUGGUGAGAUCGAUAUUCGCACAGGCAGUAACUUUGCAUUAUCCCCAGAACUUCGUGGAAAGCUAUCGGUUGCAGGGAACUCUAGUCGGGGGUUUGACUCUGGUGACCGAGUGCAGCCAGGUGAUCAACAUUAUUUCCAGUUUAUGGUUUGAUGGUUUCUUUUGAGUUACAUUUAUCCAGAGAAUUUGAUGGCAUCAUGAUGAAUGGGUCAUUCCUUUUGUUUCCUAAUGGCCUUUGUAGGAGUCCAUCAGGGUGUUGUUGUAAGAAGAGAUGCAAGAGCCCCGGUUCAAGCAGUGGAACUCUGUACCGAACAAAAACGCGAGGUAUGAUUAAGCAUUGUUUCUGCUUGAAGGAAUUGGUUUGAGUACAUCAAGAGAGUUGUUAUCCUUGAAGGAAGCAUUGUUUCUGCUUCAACUCCUUUAUUAUCAUGCACUUGGCCCCUUUUGCAAUUUUUUUUUUCAUUUUUCUUCUGUGGUGAACUGAUUAAGCAAUCAAAUGCACAACCAUAUGGGAGCAUUUGCUGAAUUUCCCAUAUUUUAUAUUGUAUAUUCUCCAAUUUUGAGCUUGAAGAAUCUGUUACUUUUGUGGCAUUUAAGGCAUUUGAGUU